CAUCCGGCCAAUCCGGGCAACGCCACUCGCCAGCCACCACACCACCCCUGAACUCCACCACCACCGCCCACGCCACAGCCGCCGCCGCGGAACCGGCACCAGCGCGCAGCCCGCCCGCCAUGGCGGUGAGCAACAACAUCACGGCGUGCGUGACGCUGCUGGCGCUGAUCUGCGCGGUGCCCGUGAUCGCGUCGGGGGUCUGGUUCGCCUCCGCGCAGGGCGACGAGUGCGCGCGCCUGGCGCGCUGGCCCGUCGCCAUCCUCGGCGGGCUGCUCCUCCUCGCCGCCCUGGCGGGAUUCGUCGGCGCCUACUGGAACCGCCGCCGCCUCCUCGCCUUCUACCUCUUCGCCAUGGCCGCGCUCAUCGUGCUCCUCAUCGCGCUCCUCGUCUUCGCCUUCGCCGUCACCCGGGGCUCCGGCGCCUACCCCGUCCUCGGCCGCGCCUACGACGACUACCGCCUCGACGGCUUCUCCAUGUGGCUCCGCGGCUACGUCUCCGACGACCCCGGCCGCUGGGAGAAGAUCAGGGCCUGCCUCGCCGUCUCCGACACCUGCAAGAAGCUCCAGCGCCAGGCCGCCUUCGUCAACGCCGAGCAGUUCUACCAGUCACACCUCUCGCCGCUCCAGUCGGGCUGCUGCAAGCCGCCGUCGGUGUGCGGGUUCACCUACGUGAGCCCGAUGGAGUGGACGGGCCCGGCGCGGCCGGCGGCGGACCCGGACUGCGCGCUGUGGAGCAACCACCCCGGCCAGCUCUGCUACGACUGCGAGUCCUGCAAGGCCGGCCUCCUGGAGGCGCUCCGCGACCAGUGGCACAAGGCCAACAUCGCGCUCGUCGUCGCCACCGUCUGCCUCGUCUUCCUCUACCUCGUCGGCUGCAGCGCCUACAAGAACGCCCAGGCCGCCUCCUUCUUCCGCCACUACAAGUAACUGACCCGUGACGAUGAGCUCGCCGGCCGGUGCGGCGUGCUGCCGGCCGGUCGCCGGCGUGGACCCUGUUGUGUAUUGUGGUUGAUGUGCUUUCUUCAGAGUUCAGACUCUUCUUGCUUUGUGGUGGUAGCAGUAGGCGUGUAAGAUGUGUAACAAUGUAAGGUAGUGGAGAUGUAAGAUUGAUGACCGGGUUGAUGUUGAGACUUGAGAGUAAUUAAUUCUGAUGUGUUUUUUCGUUGUCUGCCA